UUAACAUUUUCUGCCAGCAGUAUGGAACAACUCAACUCCACUGAGGCCACAUCUAACAACUCCUCCUCUCCUGGACCGUCACCUCUCGUCUCCUGGGACUCCAGCACUCUGGCUCCUGUGGUGGUGCUGUCUUUCUGCUUCCUGGUGGGAGUUCCUGGAAAUAUCGCUGUGAUCAUCCUCAAACCAAACUGGCAGCACUUGUCUAGUCUGAGCCAAAAUUUGAUGCUGAAUCUGGCUAUAUCAGACAUGCUCUGCCUGCUGCCCCUGCCCCUGUGGAUUUAUUCUUUCCUCUACAACUGGAUCUUCGGACUGGUGGCCUGUAAGCUUCUAGCGUACCUCGUGUACUGCUGCCUUUACAGCAGCGUGCUGACUGUGACGGUGCUGAGCAUCCAGAGGUACCUGCAGGUGGCCUACCUACAUAAGAGUUUACAUGAUGUAGGAAACAAGAGGCUGCUGGUUCUGCUCUGGCUGGUUGCGAUGAUCUUCUCCAUCCCUGCGUUACUGGUUCGACAGCCAAUCGAAGAGAAGCACAUGACACUCUGCCAAGCUAAGUACUCUUCCAAUGCCCAGUGGGUGGCUGUGCUGCUGUCAGAGUCCCUGGUGGGAUUAGUUUCAUUUUCUGUAGUGGCAUUUGCAUACAUCUGCCUCCACAGAAAGGUGAACCAGACAGCUUUUUUCAACCACCCAAAGACGACCAGACUGAUAACCAGUAUCAUCGUGACCCUUUUCACCCUAUGGAUGCCACAUCAUAUCAUAAAUUUGUUGGGUGUGGCAGCUAUUUCUGUCAAGAACAAGGGUCUGUUGAGCUUUUGUAUGGACAGCUGGAACAUUGUUGGAGCGCUGACAUUUGUGAAUAGCUGCCUGAAUCCUCUUCUGUACGCAUUUGCUUCUCGCAACAUGUGCACUGUGUGCCAAAAACCUGAACAUAAAUACUGUUGUUAACACAGAACCUCGUCAUUUGCAGGAAGUCUGUCUCGUCGGUGUAGCACCAAAUGCCAGCAGAUAUCAGUACAGAUGCAGAACCGUGCAGAUGAUAAUGCUGAGAGAUGUUAUUUUUGCUCUUGUGGAACCAAACAAAGCUGUUUUCAGUCAAAAGAUCUCAUCUCCCUUGUGUUACUCAACUUGAUGGUGUGAUACUAUAUUUGUCAAGAGAGGGAGAGAUGGGAGAGACCCGGUCAGAGGAAACAAUUAAUGAAAAGAUUGAAUAAAUGUUUGUGUUGGAGUUCAUCCAACUAGAUGAGUGACCAUUUGUCUCCAUUGUUUAGGAACAGACUAGAGACAGAUGAGGAAAGAUAAAGAUAGUGGGAGUGAUGUACUGAUAUUUAAGAACAUAUGUAAACCCAUUCAUUUAUUCAUUCCUUUGUCUAUGAUCAGUAGAAUCGACACAGAUUUUCAGACUAUUUCAGCUCUACCUGUAUGAUGAAUAUUGUUUAUAUUUUUGCCUAUACAAUAAACUGUGCUUAUACAUCAACUGUAUGAUAAAAUAUGAUGUAUUAUCUCUAAUUAAAUGAUGACCACUCUUGUGUCUGAACGAUAAAUAUAGCCUGAAGCCUCUUAGCUCAGCUUAGCACAAAGACUGCAGAGGAAAACAGCUAGCCUGGCUCUGUGAAAAAAGAAUAAGUAAGUAAAUAAAAAUCUGCCCUA